AUGACAAACGAGAAGGAAGGAACCAAAGAAGAACGUCGUGUCAAACGCGCUCAAGAAAAACGCGAGGCAACUGGAAGCUCGUCAAGAUCCUUGCAGACCAGCGGACAUUCGCAUGCAUCGUUUUGUGAUGAUGGUGUCCGUCAGAGCACUCGAUCAAGAACCAAGGGCUCGUCGUCAAGAUCCUUGCAGACCAGCGGACACUCACAUGCAUCGUCUGGUGAUGGUGUCCGUCGGGGCACUCGAUCAAGAGCUAAGAGCUCGUCGUCGAGAUCCUUGCAGACCAGCGGACACUCACAUGCACCGUCUGGUGCUGGUCUCCGUCGGGGCAUUCAAUCAAGUGGGGACCUUCGCGCUAGGGACAGAGCUCGGCGAUCUGGUCUUUCCUCCUCUCGUCACGGUUCUCAUCGGACCAAUCGAUCAGAGGAGGAUCGUCUUGCCAAGGGUCGAUCUCGAAGAGCUGGGAAUAACCCUGCCAAACCAGGUGCCCAUGCUGCGACCACCGCAGAUGAAAGCAGCCAAGCUAGACAGAAAAGUCGAACUGAUCGAUCUCCCAGGACCAAUCGAUCAGACGCGAAUGGUCGUACUGCUCUUUCCUCCUCUCGUCACGGUUCUCGCCGGACCAAUCGAUCAGAAGAGGACCGUCUUGCCAAGGACCGAGCUCGAGGCGCUAGGUCUAAGUCUCCUGCCAAACCAGGUGCCCACACUGCGUCCAACGCAGACGAAAGCGAUCGGGCUAGACGAAAGAGUCGAUCCAAUCGAGAGGAUCGGAAUCGCAAUAAAGAUCGCGACGCCAAGAUUCGAGCCAAGAAUGGUGGUGGUGUACCUCCCAAAGAGCGAGACGUUGUGGUGGAUCCAGUCGAGCAGCCAGCUGAUGAUACUGGUGCUGUUGGGUUGAAGGCAAUGGCUGUCGAAGAUGUCGAGAAUGAACAGCUCAAGGAACAACAGGCUCAGAUUGAAGCGCUCAAGCAACAAAUGCAAAACAUGGCGCAACCAAAUCAUGGUUCGGAUCCUGACACGGACGAUACCAGUGAUGUCGAUGAUACAAAUGAAGAUAACGAGCAGCAUUCCAAGAAGCGCGCGAAAUGCAUUGCUGGCAUCUUCUUCCUCCUUCUUGCAAUCGGUGGUGGGGUUGCUGGAUACAUUCUGGGGAAUCCGAAGAAGUCUCCCACCGAAGCUCUACAACUUGAUGUAGGGCCGACGAACCCUCCAACUACGGCAGGUGGCAAUACUACUGCUAUACAAUUACCCAGUACUUCGCCUUCCAACAGUCCUACCGAGUUGCAAAUCUACACGCCACCAAGUAAAGAAGAUUGCGAGGCCAUUGCAUCUGGCUCGACAUUGUCGGACCAAACCACUUUGACCUCCAGACAGUUUGUCAUUGAGUUUGAUGCAACCUUGAACUCUCAAAUGGCAGAGGAAGAUUGGGUAGGACCUCUCAAGGAGCAGCUUCAGUCGAUUUUUCUUCCCGUCGUGGCCGGUUGCUCGACUCGUCGUUGGCUUCGUGAAACGAAGAGCAAGCAACACAGACAACUGCAAUUGUUGCCAGACUUUGCUAUUGCAAACGGCAAAAUUGGAGACGCCAUUGUAACGGAAGGGGGCUGCGAGGACGAGUCUGCUGCCGCGCUCUGUCAUCGCGUGAGCGUCUUGAUGGAUCUUUCACUUCGCGACGAAGAUACGAAGCUCACUUUUGUUGAGGCCUAUUUGAUUACCACUCUUCGUGCUUUGCCAGACAACGUUUUGGGCCUAGGAACUCUUUUGUCUAAUCUUGUGGUCGUUCGAGCUGCUCCCACCUCGCCAACAGACGAACCAAGUAUCAGCCCGAGCUUUACUCCAACUACCGUUCAGCCUACCGAUGCACCGUCAUCACAACCAUCACUUGCCCCAGUUGUUGGUCCAACUACUCUUGAACCAACAAGAUCCCCGACCAAAGCACCAACAAAGGCUCCGGUCGCGGCUCCGAUUUUGUCAACUGAGAACCCAACCGCAAGCCCAACGAAGGCACCAGUUGUGGCCCCUACAUUGGCUCCUGUGGCUGGUCCAACAACGCCACCGCCAACACAAGUACCUACAAAGGGUCCAUCGGUGCCUCCAUCAAAAGUACCCACCGAGCUUCCAACGGCAAGCCCAACUUCUACACCUACUCAAGAACCUACUAUUGCAACAUUGGCUCCUACUAUAUCUACAUCUUUGAGUCCUUCCUCAGUUCCAUCUUUAUUGGCAUUGGCAGUUCCUACUGUAGAGGCAUCGGUUGUUCCCACAGCUGUGUUAUCCUCGUCUCCAACACUGCAAGCUAGCCAAAAUCCAACGGUGAUGACAUCAGUCAUAACGCCAUCGGCGACAGCCCUGCAGUCAUCCGAGUAUUAUUGCCCCGCUGCCGUUUGCGCAGGUGAUAGAAGUGGGCAUCUGCUGCCUGGGACGCCAGCAGGAGAAGCUUCGAAUGCCAUUGAUGGCAACACCGACGGCAACUACUUUAGUGGAUCAAGUUCGCACACCUGGACACAAUGGAACCCAUACUGGCAAGUACAAGGAAUUGCAGGCCCUGUCAGUACAGUACGCGUCUGGAAUAGAAACGAUGGGGAGACAGGUCAUUUGGUUGGCGCAGCGGUGGACCUGCUGGAUAGUAACGGAGAGGUCCUAGCAACUCGCGAAAUUCAGGGCGUUGCAACCUUCUGGGAAUUCGAGUUUGAUAGUAUCAGCGGAGUCGACAAGGUUCAAGUCUCGCACCGUGGCCUUCGCUUUAUCAUUCUUGCAGAAGUCGAAGUCCUUGGUGGAUCUUCUGGCGGUUCAUUACUCACUGAAUCUUCGGUAGCCUCGCAAUCAUCGUCUUUAAAUUGCGAUGCAUGUAUUCACGUUCCACAUUUCUCUGCUGGUGGGCCAGCAAGCCUAGCCAUUGACGGUAAUCGAAAUAGUCCGGCUCAUACCCACUUUCAGGUAGACCCGUGGUGGCAGGUUGAUCUCCAGCUGACGGCAACUGUGAGCAUGGUUAUCGUUUGGGGCCGUCCCGAUUGCUGCAACAUGGAACGGUUGGUUGGCGCCAAAAUUCAACUAAAAGAUAGUUCUGGCAAUAUUCUUCACACCGAGACAAUCACGGGUGAUGGUGUGAUGAGCACUUUUGAAUUUCCUCACGUCGAGGAUGUUGUUGCAAUUCGAAUUGCAUUGGAUUCGUCGCCAGAAUAUUCUCUUUUGAAUAUUGUUCAGGUCGAGGCAUUCGGUUUUAUCCAAUGA